AAAAAACUACGCCCUUUCUUGAGCUUCAAGCUUACUCCAUAUAAAAUAUGAAGCAAAUCGGUUUAACAGUGCAUAUUGCACAUUAUUGCAAAUCACUGCAGAUGACGUCAAGCGUUAGUCAUUUGCUGUAAGUACUGCACUCAUGAUUGAGUUAGUUUUAUCAGCAAUACUACUAGAAUAUUCCAUGAAGGUCACCGGUUUGGUUAAAUGCAACCGCGUACUAGAAUCAAUACUAGUGUACCAUUGCGUGCGAUAUAAGUGACAACAAAAAAUUUACGCGAAUAAUAAAUAUUUCUCAUCAAAAAUAUAAAGGCGGCACACUUGGACCGUGUACAGUGGACUUUGGGAAUACAAUCUGAGAGUGCAAUACCAACGCAAUGCCGUCGGCGAUAAGCAUGGACAGAUCUGAAGAAACAACAGAUGAAAGCGGUAAAUCUAAAAAUAAAAUUAAAUGGAAAUCUUUGGAACACAAAGGGCUCAGAUUCUCACCGCCAUACGAAAGACAACCUGAAGGCAUUAAUUUCAAGUAUGACGGAAAAGUGGUAAAAUUAUCAGAAGAUGCUGAAGAAGUAGCGGGAUUCUAUGCAAUGUUAGAUAGAGAUAUUGUGAAAAAAAAAACUUUCCAAACAAACUUCUUCAACGAUUGGCGUGAUGUGAUGACACCAGAAGAACGAAAGUUAAUUAAGGAUCUUACUAAAUGUGACUUUACAGAGCUUGAAAAACACUUAAAAGAAAAAUAUAAAAAAAAAGAAAAACAAUACGCUUAUUGUAAAAUAAAUGGUAGAGAACAAAAAAUUAAGAAUUGCAAUGUAGAACGACCGGGCCUGUUCUGCCCAAUAAAUAACAAUAACCUUAUGGGCAAGUUAAAGAAACGAAUAAAACCGGAAGAUAUUAUAAUCAACUGCUCAGAAGAUAAAAUUCCGGAACCACCACCAAGGCAUACUUGGAAAAAAGUAGAACAUGACAAUAAAAGCAGUUGGCUAGCCAAGUGGAAUGAUAACUUAACGGGAAAAUACAAGUACAUAAUUCUGGAUGCGAGCUCCAACAUUGAACAAGAGAAAAAUAGAAAAAUAUAUGAAACUGCUAGAGAACUCCAUAAACACAUAGCUAAAAUAAGAGAAAAUUAUCGCGCCGACUGGACAUCAUCUGAUCCUGAAGAUCGACAGCGAGGAGUAGCUAUGUAUUUUAUAGAUACUCUAGCUUUCAGAGUGGGCAGUAAUAAUACAAAUACGAUAACAAGAGAAGAUGAAGAGGAGAAUGAAAUGGAUAAAGAAGACCCCGUGGGUUGCUGUAAUCUAAAAGUCAAACACAUUCAGUUGUGUGAGAAAAAUAAAGUAAGGUUCGAUUAUUUUGGAAAAUGUUCUGUCAGAUAUUGCAGAAUAGUGCCUGUGGAAGAACUUGUGUAUGAAAAUCUUAAAUCAUUUACAAACAACAAAGACAAGGACGAUGCAUUGUUUGACAUGAUCGAUAAUAAUAAGAUUAAUAAUUAUUUAAAGUCUCAAAUGCCAAAUUUGACUGCAAAAUUUGUCCGCACAUACCGCGCGUGUACUACGUUUGAAAAUUAUUUGAACACCAAGAUUAACAGAACAGACACACUUGCGGAUAAGGUGAAAGCUUUGAAGCAGGCUACUUUGGAAGUCGCAAAACUAUGCAACCACAAGAAUAAAGAUCGAUUUGAAAUCCAAUCGUCGAAGAUGAAUUAUAUUGACCCUCGCAUCGCAAUCGCUUGGUAUGAUAAUAUACUCUUUAACACAAUACCCAUUUACACCAGCAUGAAUAAGGAAAUGUAUUUCACAUAGUCCGCGUACCGCUCCUAUUCUUUCUAAGAGGGAGGAGGAAGGCGUUAUUUUAUAUUAUUAAGGCCUAAUUAACACCGGAACAUUAGAGCAUGCAUGCGUUCUUAUCUUACCAACAGCUGGCGGGAGCAAAAAAAGGUCGCCGAAUUUCAUAACAC